GUUUCAGGGAAUGAUGGAUGAAUAUUGCGUGUGACUAAGAAGGAUCGGUGAUAGAGUUACCUGUUAAUGCAUGGUAACGGAGAUGCUAUCGGUAUAUGGGAAGUCAUAUGGUACAAAAACAAUAUUACCAACGCUUUUUCGGUCACACUACGCAGAAGCUUUGUCCCAAUCAAGAAAAUCAUGUCUUGUCAGUAUGAAACAGUCUUACCAUAAAGGCACAAAGGAGUUAUUACCAAGCCAGGCCUUUGGUGGAACCCGUGUCUAGACCCUGAAAGCUAACGGUGACAUAUCUAUUCCUCGCAGAUUGUGGUACCUGACUAAACUGUGACAAGGGAGCAGAUUGGUCCUUCGACGAUUGGACAGAAGUGUAUAGUCUGUUUCGAAAAGAGGAGUGUUGCCUUGGAUAUUCAACAAGUGUUGGCCAUCAUAAGUGUAUCUUCCACACGGAAUAGGGACAUGUCUCAGGGCUAGUCGACUGAGUGUAUAUGGUCACAGAGAAAUCGACAUAUGAAGAAGGAUACCGUGCAUUCAGAUUACUCUUGAAGAAGUGAAAUUGGAGUUCUGUGUAUUCAGUUGCUUGAAAAUAGUGGACAGAUGUAAUUUAGCGAACGAGAUGUGUGUUUAAGAUAUUUAUUCUCGGUGAUUUAAAAAAAUGUCAAUGUGAGUUACGAUGAUGAUGCACCAUUUCCGUCCAUUGUAGAUUACGUAAGUCAAUUUCUCUUCCCUUUGAGUGCCAACAUGACAUUUCAACCAUCGGUUUUCAACAGUGAUUAAUCAACUGCAGGGAGACUGAUCCUUACUGAACAAAGGAGAUUUCGUUUGAGUUGGAAUAGCAUUACAAUGAUCGUGCUACUCAACACCAAGAAUUACGUUGAAGAAGCCGAGUGUUUCUUGGCCAUGGUCGUGUAAUAUUCUGACGUUACUAUCGGAGAGCAGGACACCCUCGUACAAUGAAGGUUGCUUGUAGCAUUUACGUGUUGACAUGCCUGUCAUUUGCCUUUGGAUCUCUUGCUGGGAUAACGUUAGCUUUGGCCGUGGCGACCGAUGCAUGGCUUUUUACAAAGGAGAUGGUGCCUACCAUUGUGCCGAACACAACUCAUGUCAUUCAAGUACUAACUGAAUUACGGUCCGGCCUAUGGAGGGUUUGCACGAUCAAUAUAUUAAAUGGAACUCACCCUGACCUAUGUCUUGGCAUUGACUACAACCAGCAGGGGUCAGGCCGAGGGGAUGGAGCCCGGACCAGCAUGUCUAUAGUAGGUGCCUACCGUAUAUCAACGCCCUGCCCUGUCGUCGCGCUGAUAUUAGGAUUCACUGCCAUCAUAUUCCACGUCACGGGGACAAUCAGGAGGAACUCCAAAACAUUAGUAGCUGGUGUGCUGUACAUACUGUCAGGUCUGGUUUUGGCCGUUGGGAUAAUACUGUUUAUUUCUGCAAUCAACGAUGAAGUUGGACAUACAACCACAAAGAAUUUCCCGUUUUCCUACAGGUAUGGUUGGUCCUUCUUCAUAGCGGGGCUGUCCUUUAUCGCCUUGGAGCUGGCUGCUGUCGUCUGCGUUACAAUUUUCUUACGCAGGCAUUCGAAAAUGUCGGAUAUGAUCCAAAUAAUUCCUGGAUUGGAAGAAAAGAUAGACACGGCUUAUGAGAAGACCGAGCAGAAAUGCCCUGGGCAGGAGGAUCACAGGAUGCUGUAUAUGGGCUGAUACUUUGUUAUUGGUCUUCAUCUGUGAAUGUGGCGCCCCUUUUAUAAGACAUAUAUGGAGCUUGGAAUUGCAAUGCAACUAAUUUGUAAUUUGGCGGAAACAAAAUGGUUGUAUUUGAAAUAAUUGUUUCCAAUUUGUAGCGAAGUAUGUUUUGUUCCUUCACGGAGAUACUAGAGUUGAACGUAUAUAUAAUGUUGUAAUUUUGUUUAAAUUCUGUUCCAAAUUUGUAAUAGAAACAAAUAAGUUCAUAAAUAAUUCAAUAUCUGAGUUGGUGUUGAAUUGUCUGGACUGAUUAGAUUACAUAUUUAUGUUAUAAUUGGUCAUAAAAUGUAUGUUAUUUUCUAUAAAAGGAAACAUUAUUUAACAUUUACCUGAAAUUGCGUUAGACUGCCUAAGAAACUGAAAAGAAUACCUUAAUCUGACUCAAUUCAACUAACUCACAGCAGUAGUAAUCUAUUUUUUGGUACAAAUUAGACAUAUAAGUAGUAAAUGAGUCAACUGAAUGAUGAAAUCACUUAUCAAACCAGUACGUUUAACGUGUAAUUGUGUGCUUGUAUGAAAUUACGUUUAUUAAUAUAUAUAUACUUGGUAACUAAUUAACCGGUUGGUAAUUUUAUAGUGUGCAUAUAGUGUCUUUUGUCUGAUAACAAGAUGAUUAUAGCUUUAAAUAGUGGUCAGAUGACAUGUUACAUGUUUUUUUGAUGUUAUAAUAAGUAAAAAUUCUGUGACAUUUUGAUGGUGUUUGAUACAAUUGAGUAAAAUGCCACGUUUGCUAAGAGGCAUUUUUAAGGUUUGUUCUUUUAUAACAUCCCUAUUAAAAGUUGGGAAAAAGUAAGAUUAUGAAACACCUAAUUACCAGCUUUAACUAUUAAAGGUUUCACCGUUUUGUUUGAAUAUGUUGAUAAGAUACAUGUAUGUGUUAUCAUUUUCAAUGCAAAAACGGCAUGUACAGAAAAUCACUUGAUAUAUUUUGGUAGUAUAUUUUAUAUUGUAAGUAAUAAUAUUGCCUACCACCUACAUGAAUUUUCAUGCAAUACAUGUGAUUUUAUAUAUGUACAUAUAUGUCUAUUUAACCUGUUUAAUUUAUAAAACUAUACCGAUUCCACCUAUCUUGUUACAAAAUGUCAUACUGCUUUUUCUUUACUACAGGAUUUUCCUGGUUAGCCCAAGAUUGUGGCGAUGUUAAUCACUUCAUGUUAGAUUUUAAACAACGCUGUAUAGAUAUUAAUAUACAACACUGGAAUAGUGAAAUAAGUAACUCAUCAUUUCCCGUAAAUUACAGUACAUUUAGUCCCUUCUUCAACCUGAACUGUAUAUUUCCCGUGGGGCAUUGAACAAAGAUCUAAUGCGAAAGUUAAUCAAAUCACAUAACUUGAAGACACAAAGACACGGUUUUUCAAAGAUAAUGAUUCCAUGUAAUGAAUUAGUAUGUAAAAAAUGUAAUUUAAACUUGCUUGAAGAUGAA